AGCAAACAUCCAUGAGUGGCUGUAAUACAAAGAGGGAUACGAGGCUCCGCACCGCAGUCCGCAGGAAGCACGGAGCUAACGGAGAGUCGGCAAGAUACCACCGGGCACCACGGAAAACGCGUUCACUGGCGGGACUUUACCGCUGAGGCGUCGGAUGGAUGAUGAGGAGGAGGACAUGUCACGGCCCAUCUCGCAGCUCUGGGGAACGCCCUUUGGGGACGUCAAAUUCGAAGACCGAGCCACACAGAUCGCAGCCGGACAGGCCCUCGCCGCCGUCACCGCCGCUGUGUCCACGUCGCAGAGCCACAACAACAACAGCAUCAGCACGCUGCCCUGCGGCUUACACCGGCAGCCUCACAUACCCUUUCACGGCAACGCUGGAUUGCGCUCGCAUUUUCCCGCUCAGUUUGAGCCCAUGGAGGACCGGGGAGAGAGGGAGAUUGAAGAGGAGGAGGAAGAAGGCAGAGGGGAAGACAAUGACAGAGUGGCGGAGGGGCCCGAGGAGCAGGCGGGGGUGAGCGUAGAGGCGCAAAUCGGUCGUAAGCUUCGGGAGAUCGGAGACAAGUUCCACCAGGAUCACGUUGAACUGUUUAUGAGGCAUCAGAGACAGAACCUGCCCGUCUGGAUGCGCCUUACCAUGGCCCUGUUCGGCUUUUUGUUUCCAAGAGAGGCUCUGGUCCCCCGUCUGAGAGGAGAGCAGAGAUGAAGGGACUUCCUCGCCUCGGACCUUGUUGUCUGAACAGAAACAAGGGAUCGGACUUUAAAGAGAUGGCACUGUAAGAUGGAACACGGGUUUGGAUUUUGUUUUCUAAUUGAAUAUGAAGACGAGAUGAAGAAGACACUGGUCACCGCUGGACGGGCCAGAUUACAAGUUCUUUUUGUUGAUGUUUUGAUUUUUUUUUCUUUUUUUUUUCUCCUGCCUCUCCAAGAAGAAGCCAUUGUGUUUGAAGAGAUAUUUUCGAAAUAUUUGUAAGAUUACCUAUUUUGUACAGUAAACUGCUCUUUUUAUUUCAA